UGAAGGUUGAGGCAGGAUUGACUAAAAUCCAGAUGAUGAGUGUUUGUGUGGAGGAAGAGGAGGACAGAGCAGAGUCUGCAGGAUCCAGCUGUUUGUCUAUGAAGAGUGACCGGUCCAAACAGGAACCUCCAUCCUUCAGUAAUGGACCGGGACCCUCAGACACAAAAGUUCAGUACAGACAAAGAGCAGAGUCUGCAGUAUCCAGCUGUCUGUCUAUGAAGAGUCACCGGUCCAAAACUGAACCUCCUGACUUCAGUAAUGAACCUGGACCCUCAGACACAAAAGAGCGAAAGAGGAGUCGUGUUUCUGUGGAGGAGCAGCCGUCCUGCUGUGCUUUGUGUCAGGACGUCCUGAAGGAUCCUGUCUCUGCCAGCUGUGGACACUGGUUCUGCAGACAGUGCAUCACCUCAUACUGGGACCAGUCUGCUUCAUCAGGACACUCCUCCUGUCCCCAGUGUGGAAAAAGAUUCAGAUCCAGAACUGGACUGCAGACAGCCAGUCAGAGCAGCUCUGUACAAAUGAGAGGUGGUCUGCAGGAGGUUUUAGAUGAACAUAAGAUCAGUCUGAGGAGGAGAUGUGAACGUGUGACUGAAGGAACAGCCAAUCAGAUCCCUCCUUCAUGUGUUGACAGGGCAACAGAAGUACGAGGCUUCACUGACGCCCAGAAGGAGGAGUACUUCAGGAGGAGAAUAAAGAGGAAGAAGCAGAAGUACGAUGAGGGACAUGAGACGAGUCCACAGGAGCUGACGGAGGCUGACGGGAAGGAGUUUCUGGCUGCAGUCUACAUGUUCCACUGUCACACCAACAGGAAGAUGGAGGUACUGGAAGCUUUCCUGGGGAAAUACUACAGUGACUUGCCCCUGGAUGAAUUUCUGAGUGGAGGCAUGGAUAAAUCCCUGAGGACUCUGGCCUACAUGCUGCAGAUGUCAGAAGAGGUUCUGGAUGAAUUUGUCUUGAAGAACUACAGCACAACAGAGGAGGGACGACGGAGACUGAUCCCAGCAGUGAGGAACUGCAGAAAGGCUCGCUGUGUAGGAGGAACAGCCAAACUCAGCAAACAAGAUAAGCGCAGGUUCACACUGAGCAUGUGA